CCUCUCUCGUUUGGUCCUGUUGAAAUAUUUGUUCGAUUCGUCAGGGUCCCAAGCUUGACUUGUUCAGAAUGCGUAAUCGCUCCUAGUUGUUGGAAUAUGCUUGCAUUGCAGCCAGGGUGCGAGAAUGCAUAAUUGCUCGUCAGGAAACUCCAAAAAUAUGAAUAUGCUUGCACACAGGUUGCGGGAAUGGGGGAAUACAAUAGAUGCAUAAUUUCCAUGUAUUCCGACAAGGAGGAACUGAUGAUGAUCAGCUUUCCGUUUUCACAAGAUGUCUGAUCCACCUGACAAAAAUACCCCAAAUCAUGCAGCAAAUCCUGUGCUGACAAUGGUAUCUGAAGCAGGUGCCACACCAAUGGAAGCAUCAGGAGAAGGUGACAAGGCUGUUCGUCGAGGCAGCUUUGACACUUCUAGGAGUAACAGCUUGGAUAGCUCCAGUACCAGCCAUAUCAAGCGGCAUACUGGGAGCGAUGGCAGGUGGGAGGCCAUCCAAUUGGCCACUUGCAGGGACCCACCUCUCAGCCCAGUCCACUUCAGGCUUCUGAAGCGCCUUGGCUAUGGAGAUAUUGGCAGUGUUUACCUUGUGGAACUCAGGGGGACACAGGCUUUUUUCGCCAUGAAAGUGAUGGACAAGGAGUCGCUCAUCAACAGGAAUAAGCUGGUACGGGCAGAAACUGAGAGGGAAAUCCUUGGUCUUCUCGAUCACCCCUUCCUACCCACAUUGUACUCUCACUUUGAGACCGAUAAGUUCUACUGCCUUGUCAUGGAAUAUUGCUGUGGUGGCAGCCUGCAUUCUCUUCGGCAAAAGCAACCUAAUAGGCAUUUCGAUGAACAAUCAGCCAGAUUUUAUGCCUCCGAGGUGUUGCUUGCACUUGAGUACCUCCACAUGCUAGGCAUUGUCUACAGAGACUUGAAACCCGAAAAUGUCCUGGUCCGAGAUGGGGGGCACAUUAUGCUGUCUGACUUUGACCUAUCACUGCGGUGUUCUGUCAGCCCAAUGUUAGUCAAAUCCUCAUCGGUCCAUGCAGGUGCCAAUGGUGCUGAGAAGGGCCUAGUCCACACUGCAGGUUCCAGCCAAGGCUGCAUGCAGCCAUCAGCACUCUUCCCACGCAUGCUCUCCAAGAAGAGCCGCAAGACCAAAUCAGACUUCAGUGUCAAUGGAUCAUUGGUGGAGUUCAAUGCCGAGCCGACAGAUGCACGGUCUAUGUCAUUUGUUGGGACGCAUGAGUACCUUGCACCGGAAAUCAUCAGAGGAGAAGGACAUGGCAGCGCUGUGGACUGGUGGACCUUUGGCAUCUUCUUGUAUGAGCUGCUACAUGGCAUGACGCCGUUCAAGGGGAGUAGCAACCGUGCCACGCUCUGCAAUGUGGUGGAGCAGCCACUGCGGUUCCCCGACAGCCCACCUGUGAGCAAUGUCGCACGAGACCUCAUCCGUGGGCUUCUAGUGAAGGACCCUCUGAAGAGAAUUGCAACCAAGAGGGGUGCUUCUGAGAUCAAGCAGCACCCUUUCUUUGAGGGGGUGAACUGGGCACUUGUGAGGGGUUCUCAUCCACCUUCUAUCCCUGACCCUGUAGACUUCAGUCAGUUCAGAUCUAAGGAGAAGAAGGUGACGGAGAGAACAGCGGCGACUGCUUCGAGUAGUUUACCAGCUGGUGCUGCAGCGGCCAAUUCUCCAGCCAAUUUUCAGUAUUUCUAGGUCUGUACACUGUCGAGUUUGGGUAUUCGUACGACUGAACACCAUAGAUACAGAUGUCUGUAUUGUUGCCAUUCCUCUC